UCUCUCCCUAUGACUUUCCCACUCUUUCACUAUCUCCAAUUUCCCACCCACACAAAAUCAAAAGAAAAGCUCUCUAUCCCUCCCCCAUUUCUCUCUCUCUCUCUCUCUCUCUCUCUCUCUCUCUCUCUCUCUCUCUCCCUCUCUCUAUGAGGACGCUCUGGCCCAACCUGGAUCGAGAGGAUGGACUCGAGACGGUACUCGAAGUCCCCAUUCCGGAAGAAAUGUUUGCUUCUUCUAACAACAGCAACAAAAACAGAUCAUGGCAAAAUAUGAAGUCAUGGGUCAAACCCUCCACCGAUAAAUCACCUCCGCCGUCCAUCUUCGGCGGCAACCGUAUCGCAGAGAUUCAGCUACUUUUGGGUGUCGUCGGAGCUCCCUUGAUACCGCUUCCCAUCUCCUCUGCUCACUCCCUUUGCGGAAACGUCAAAGACCAUGCCAUUGAGGCUUCAACCGCGAAAUACAUUGUGCAGCAGUACAUAGCAGCCACAGGGGGAGAAAGGGCAUUGAACUCUAUAGAUAGCAUGUUCGCAAUGGGGAAGGUGAAGAUGGCGGCAUCAGAGUUUAUUGCAGGGGAGGGUAUGAGUAUGGGUUCUAAUCAUUUGACUACUUCUAAUAACGGAAAGGCAAUGAAAAUCAAGAGCGUAAGAAAUGGGGUCGGAGAGGUAGGAGGGUUCGUGUUGUGGCAGAAAAGGCCGGAGCUAUGGUGUUUGGAGCUGGUGGUUUCUGGUUUCAAAAUUAGUGCCGGUAGUGAUGGUAAGGUGGCUUGGCGGCAGACUCCCUGGCACCAUUCUCACGCUUCUCGCGGCCCGCCCAGACCUCUUCGCCGUUCCCUGCAGGGUCUUGAUCCAAGAUCCACUGCAAAUCUCUUCUCAAAUUCUAUCUGCAUCGGCGAAAAAACAAUCGACAAAGAAGACUGCUUCGUGUUGAAACUCGAAGCAGAAUCCUCAACGCUAAAAGCAAGGAGCAGCAGCAAUGUGGACAUAAUCCGACACACCAUUUGGGGCUACUUCAGCCAAAGAACAGGGCUUUUAACACAACUAGAAGACUCUCACCUCCUCAGAAUCAAAGCCCUUGGAGAGAGUGAGAGUGUCUUUUGGGAGACCACAAUGGAGUCCCACAUCCAGGACUAUAAGACUGUUGAGGGUAUUAACAUUGCACACGCCGGUAGAACAGCCGUAUCGUUGUUUAGGUACGGUGAGAGCACGGAAAGCCAUUCGCGGACGCAGAUGGAAGAGGUUUGGAAAAUUGAAGAAGUGGACUUUAACAUUGUGGGAUUGGCGAUGGAUUGCUUUUUGGCACCGGGUGAUUUAAAGAAAACAGAAGAAAAAGAAGAUCAGGAAGAAGGGUGUGGGGUUGUGAGGGGAAAUGUUGUGUUGCCGUUUAUGGUUCGGGAAGGUUUGUCGAGGCCGGUUGGUGUGUCGAAGGUUGCGGAUUUCGACCUUGAUGAUUUAGAAAACAGCAAAUAUGAUGAAGGAGAAUAAACAGUGGAUCAAGCUAUGUCUAUUUCCGUAUAUAUAGCAAACCAGACAAUAUUUUUCAUGUCCAAUUUAUACUAGUUACUAGUGAACUGCUAAUUAACUAA